AUGAGUUUUCCACGUGAAGUAUUGAGGUGGCUGCAAUCGCUUGAUUUGUCCCAUUCCUUUCAUAAUCCCAAGAGGGACUUUGCCAAUGGAGUCUUGAUAGCAGAAAUAUUGUCGAGAUAUUUCGUCGGAGAGUUGCAGGUGAAUCUGCUUUACACGGGGGAUUCUCGAGAGAGGAGAGAAGAUAAUUGGCAACAAUUGUCCAAAUUUUUCCAGCGAAAGGGUAUCCAAGUGCCCCAAGAAGCUAUGCAUGCGGUUUUGAACUGUCAUCAAGAAGCUGCAAUUAUGUUUCUGUGCAAUGUUUACAGUAUGCUGACAGGAAGAAGCAUACCUGAACAAGCUAAAGCAAUCCCGAAUCCAUACGAGUCAAUCCCAUCGUACACGCUCCCAACAACAGCGACUAUAAUCAAGAGUGUUGGAGGAGUUCAGGUCAAGAACGAAGCAGUCCUGCAAGCCCAUAAGGAUUAUAUUAGGGCACUAAGACAGGCCAGUGCUAGUAAUCAUCAGCAACUACAAACAACACCAGUGGAUUCGGUCGAGUUUUCGCAACCAGCAUUGCUCUCAUCCCAAUGA